AUGUCUUCCACAAAACCCAUCUCGCUCAUUCUCUCCAUCACUCUCUUCUUCUCUCUUCUCCUCGGAUCCUCCUCUGCUCAAACCGUCGUGAAAGCUUCUUACUGGUUUCCAGGGAGUGAGUUUCCGAUCACCGACAUUGACUCAUCUCUCUUCACUCACCUCUUCUGCGCUUUCGCUGACCUCAACGCUCAAACCAAUCAAGUCACUGUCGCUUCCGCGAGCCAAGCCAGAUUCUCAACCUUUACACAAACCGUGCAAAGGAGAAACUCUGCUGUGAGAACGCUUUUGUCCAUCGGCGGUGGUGCCGCUGAUAAAACUGCGUUUGCGUCCAUGGCAAGUAACCCCACUUCUCGAAAAUCGUUCAUCGAUUCUUCGAUUAGGCUCGCUAGAUCGUACGGUUUCCACGGUCUUGAUCUAGAUUGGGAGUAUCCGAGCACUGCCACCGAAAUGAGCAACUUCGGAACGCUACUUCGAGAAUGGCGAUCGGCGGUUGUGGCAGAGGCCAGUAGCACCGGUAGACCGCGUUUGCUUUUGGCGGCUGCGGUUUUCUAUUCCAACAACUACUAUUCGGUACUGUAUCCGGUUCAAGCCGUUGCCGACAGCUUGGAUUGGGUUAAUCUUAUGGCUUAUGAUUUUUACGGACCGGGUUGGUCUAGAGUAACCGGUCCUCCCGCCGCUCUAUAUGAUCCUUCAAACGCAGGUCUAAGCGGAGACGCUGGAGUAAGAUCAUGGACUCAAGCAGGACUUCCGGCGAAGAAAGCAGUCUUGGGAUUCCCAUACUACGGCUACGCGUGGCGUCUCGCGAACGCCAACAGUCGCAGCUAUUACGCGGCUACCACCGGAGCGGCGAUAACACCUGACGGUUCAAUCGGAUACGGUCAGAUAAGGAAGUUCAUAGUGGAUAACGGAGCAACUACGGUUUAUAACAACACGGUGGCUGGAGACUACUGUUAUUCCGGAACGACUUGGAUUGGAUACGACGAUACUCAGAGUAUCGUGACGAAAGUGCGAUAUGCUAAGCAGAGAGGUUUGCUUGGUUACUUCUCGUGGCAUGUUGGAGCUGACGAUAACUCUGGUCUAUCUCGUGCAGCCUCACAGGCAUGGUGA